AUGUCGACAAACUGCAAGAAACGGCUGAUCCGGGACUUCAAGCGCCUCUCGUCCGACCCGCCAGGCGGGAUCUCGGGCAGUCCGCUCCCCGACAAUAUUAUGCUCUGGAACGCUGUCAUCUUCGGGCCAGGCGACACCCCCUUCGAAGACGGCACAUUCAAGCUCCUCCUCACAUUCGACGAGUCCUACCCAAACAAACCCCCCACCGUCAAAUUCCUCUCGCGGAUGUUCCACCCCAACGUGUACGCGAACGGCGAGCUCUGCCUCGACAUCCUGCAGAACCGGUGGUCGCCGACAUACGACGUCGCGGCGAUAUUGACGAGUAUACAGAGCUUGCUGCAUGAUCCGAACCCGAAUAGCCCGGCGAAUGCGGAGGCGGCGCAGUUGUAUCGGGAGAAUAUGAAGGAGUAUGUGAGGAGGGUCAAGGUGACGGUUGAGGAGAGUUGGUUGGAUCCGGAGGAGGGGGGGUUGGGGGAGAAUGAGGGGGAGGGGGAGAAUGAGGAGGAGCAGGAGGGGGAGGGAGGGGAGGUGGAGAUGGACGAGGUUGGUAGGGAGGGAGGGGACCCGAUGGAGGGACAGCACGCGGGCGGAGCUGCGUCUGAACGUGUUUGA